UCAGGGGCAAGGACAGGGUGGCUGGCAGAAGUUCAUCUGGGGCUGUGAGCUUCUGCGUGGGCUCCAUGGGACAGCUGUGGGCCAGGCUGGUCCCCCUCCUUCUGCUCCUGCUCCGAGGGCAAGGCGCUGAAGCCUGCAGUACCAGUGGGUGCUGUUUUCAGGACCCGCCGUAUCCGGAUGCAGGCGCAGGCUCGGCUUCAGGCCCCAGGGACCUGAACUGCUACCGGAUAGUCAGUGCUGGUUAUGAAUGCUCCUGGCAGUAUGAGGGCCCCAUGGCUGGGGUCAGCCACUUCCUGAGGUGCUGCCUCAGGUCCGGGCGGUGCUGCUACUUUGCCGCGGGCUCAGCCACCAGCCUGCGGUUCUCUGACCAGGACGGUGUAGCUGUGCUCCAGGCCGUCACGCUCUGGGUGGAAUCUCGAGCUGAGAACCGGACACAGAAGUCCCCUAAGAUCACCCUGAAGCUUCAUAGUGCAGUUAAAUACGACCCUCCGCUGGUUGGAGACAUCACUGUGUCUAGGUCCUUGGGGCAGGUGCUCUUGAAGUGGGAGAACCCAGCCCGCCAGGACGGCGCCGAGGUGCAGUUCCGGCACCGGACAUCCAGCAGCCUGUGGGAGUUGGGCAACUGCGGACCUCAGGAGGAUGCUGGCUUCGAGUCCUGCCUCUGCCCCCUGCGGACGGACGCAGCCCAGGAAUUCCAGCUCCGCAGGCGGCGACUCAGGCCAGCAGCCCCAGGAGACCCAGGAGACCCCUGGAGCAGCUGGAGCAGCCCCGUGUGUAUCCCCCCUGAACAUCUCCCACAGCCCACCUUGAAGUUCUCGAUGGAGGCGCUCCGCCCCAAUGGGAGGAGGCAGGUGACCCUGCACGGGCAGCUGCCCCAAGUUGAGCUUCCAGAAGGCUGCCUCGGAUCCAACUCUGGCGGGGAGGUGACCUACCGCGCCCGCCUGCACAUGCUAUCCUGCACGUGUAAGAUCAAGUCGACAAUGAACUUUCAGCUGAAGAAACCGCUCGACCUCUCUGGUGCGGCCUAUGACCUGGCUGUCAUCUCUCAGAAUCGCUUCGGCCCCGGCCCCAACCAGACAUGGCACAUUCCUGCCCAAACCCACACCCACACAGAAAUGGGGGCUCUGAAUAUCAGUGUCGGAGCCGAUGGGACCUCCAUGCACUGGCCAGCCCAGGCCAGGGCCAAGACGUAUUGCAUUGAGUGGCAGGCCCAAGACCAGGACAGGAACCUCACCAACUGCACCCUGACUCCAUCCCAGGACCAGGACCCUACAGGAAUGGCAACCUACAGCUGGAGCAGAGGAUCUGGGGCAAUGGAGGAGGAGGUAUGUUACCACAUCACGAUCUUCGCCUCUCCACGCCCAGAGAAGCCCAUCUCGUGGUCCACGGUCUUGUCCACCUACCACUUCGGGGGCAAUGUUGCAGCCUCCGGGGCAGGACGCCCACAGCACGUGUCGGUGAGGAAGCUCAGCCAGGGCUCCGUGAACGUGGACUGGACGCCGUCCCCGCUGAGCGCUUGCCCAGGUGUCCUGAAGGAGUACGUCGUGCGCUGCGAGGAUGAGGAGGGCAACCUCGUCUCUGAGCUGCCUGUGAAGGCCACAGAGACCCAGGUCACCCUUGAUGGCCUUCGGGCUGGGACAGCCUACACUGUGCGGGUUCGAGCAGACACAGUGACGCUGCAGGGUGUCUGGAGCCGGCCCCAGCCAUUCAGCAUCGAAGCCCAGGUUUCCCGGUUGUUCGAUUUGUCCAUACUCUUCGUGUCUCUGGGGAGCUUCGUCAGCAUCCUUCUCCUGGGCGUCCUUGGGUACCUCUGCCUGAACAGGGCUGCACGUUACCUGUGCCCGCCCCUGCCCACGCCUUGUGCCAGCACUGUGAUCGAGUUCCCUAGCAACCAGGGAAAGCAGGCUUGGCAGUGGACAAGCCCAGCAGACUUCCCGGAGGAGGUGUCCCCAAAAGAGGCCUUGGUGGUGAACAUGUCCUGGGAAAAAGGUGAGGGAACUGACCUGGACACACCCAUGCAUCUCAAGGAGAAGACACAGCUACUUCGGGACACUCCUGAGCUGACCUUGGACACAGAGCUCCCGUUGGAGGACAGGAGACAUGUGCAAGGCCAUCUGGAGCCUCAGGCUCUGGGGCCAGGCAGGCAGGAAGGUCUGGAGGGCAACCUUGCCCAGGGGGCUGGACUCUCACUGCCCUUGGGAGACCUAAUACAGACCCCCAUAAUCAGUGGCCCUUCGAACAUGGACUUGGAGGCCUGAGUGACGGAGAGGAAAGUCGGCCUCGACCUUCAGACAGGAAGACUGAAGGCGGCUGGUUAUUAAGGAAACAUUGCAAACCCAGCCUGUUCCGUCUAGACACACCCAUGAUGUCCUGAUUCCCCAUAACCACCUUGAGAGGUACAUGGCUAUUCUAGUUUACAGAUAUGACCACUAAGGCUCAGAGAGAGCAAGUGGAUAGCCAGAAACUACCCAGCACAGGCAGGAGUCAAACCUGGGCAGAGAGAUCCAGACCCCAUUUCCGGGUCCCGGCCCCUCCCCUCCUGCCAACACAGGUUGCACCAUGUCCUGUGGCGGGAACCCUAGGAACCACCAAGAGAAGGAAGCUGCUGCACCCCAUGACACCCAUGGGGAAGGGACAGAAUUUUUCAGGGUAGACUAGAUUGGAGGGGGGCCCAACGGGGGCUUAGGCCAAUCCUAGGACACUAGGCUGGACGUUGUGUCCCAGGAGCACUUGACGGGGAGUCUGGGCCCAGAACUC